CCAAACGCCAAACCCUACCGCCUCUGAAACUGCCUCUCUCACUCUUUGAGCACUCGCCUUCUCUCUAUUCGAAGUCCAGCCAGGCAGCGACCAACCCCCGAAACCCUAGUCCCACCACUCUCUCAGUCUCUCUGCUCUCGUUAAAUCGAAUAAGGAAGAAGGUACGGGUCCUGGUCCCAGGUCCAAAAUCUAAUCUCGGGCAUGGGUACAGUGGUGUAUUAUACAGGGAUGGAUGAAGAAGAGGUCAAGACUGGCGCCAUUGUUCCAGCAUCUGUGCUGAAGAAGAGGAAGAGGAGCGAGGAAUGGGUGCUGGCAAAGAAGAAGGCCCUUCAAGCCAAGAAGAAGAAAAAUGCCGAUAACAGGAAAGUGAUGUUUAAGAGGGCACAAGAAUAUGCGAAGGAGUAUCAAGAGCAGGAGCUUGAACUGGUUAGAUUAAAGCGAGAAGCCAAGUUGAAAGGUGGAUUCUAUGUGAGCCCUGAGGCUAAAUUGCUGUUUAUCAUUCGUAUUCGUGGUAUCAAUGCCAUGCACCCAAAGACCAGGAAGAUUUUGCAGCUUUUGCGUUUGAGGCAGAUAUUUAAUGGUGUCUUCCUCAAAGUGAACAAGGCAACUAUGAAUAUGCUGCAUAGGGUUGAGCCUUAUGUAACUUAUGGGUAUCCUAAUUUGAAGAGUGUUAGAGAACUGAUUUACAAGAGAGGCUAUGGGAAAUUGAAUCAUCAGAGAACUGCAUUAACCGACAAUUCCAUCAUUGAAGAGGCCUUGGGUAAAUUUUGCAUUAUCUGCAUCGAAGAUCUCAUUCAUGAGAUAAUGACAGUUGGACCUCAUUUCAAGGAGGCAAACAACUUUUUGUGGCCUUUCCAAUUAAGUGCUCCACUAGGAGGUCUGAAAAAGAAGAGGAACCAUUAUGUUGAAGGCGGUGAUGCCGGAAACCGCGAGCAUUACAUCAACGAGAUGAUUAGGAGGAUGAAUUAGAAUUUGCUUCAAUAAAGGUUCUGGUUCUCUUCCAUUAGUUUAGGCAGCUACCAAGGUCUUAAUGUCGGUUUUUUUUUUGUGAGGAUGCUUUCAUUUUUUGAGCCGGAUGUUAAAUGUUUUAAUUUUCGAUGUGAUUUUUCCAUCUCUUAACAAUUUAUUCAAAUGCCAAUGUGGCUUAGCUUAUCUCAUACAGACUAUCAAUUAUGCCGUAGUGUGAGGACAAUGCCUGAAAUUGCCUUUCGUUUGAUUUUAUUAUGACCCGUUUUUUCUUUAACGUUUUGGUAUCCAUGGCAGGGAUCAGACGUUUGAGAAAUUGUCUCUGAAGGAUUGAUUAUAGUUGGUUGUUUUCUGAGUUUAUUUGCUUAGGUAUUGUAUUUUGCCUUCUGAUUUAAGUUGUCCCAUCUUCCUCGUGGUGAGGGAAUUUAUCUAAUGAGACUGUUUAACUUUGUCACAA